AUGAUUUUCAAAAAAGUUGAUUUUACGCAAUAUUCGUCUGCAAUAAGUGGUCUUGAAGAGAAAUUCAUCACUAAAAUUCGGAGACUGGGUAGUCGCAGAUUGGUUUUAGGCUUCGAAAUAGAGUUUUUAAUAGCUAAGAGAAUGAUGAGAUUGGCUAGUAGAGCAGUGAAUGAGUGUGUAUCGUGGUGGGGAAUCGAAGUUGGUGGUAGUCAAGUUGCUUCUCUUGAGGUGAUUGGUUUCGGUCCGAUUGCUGUGGCUUAA